AUGGUUGUCUCACUUCUCCGAUGGUACAACGGCCGCCUCGCCGCGCGCCCCCUUCUCACCCAGAGCAUCACCACCGCCGUGCUCUUUGCCACGGGCGACAUUACCGCCCAGCAGCUCGUCGACCAGCGCGGUCUUGACAAGCACGACUUUGCCCGCACCGGCCGCAUGGCCCUUUACGGAGGUGUCGUCUUUGGCCCGGCCGCCACUACCUGGUUCAACUUCCUCGCCCGCCGCGUCACCUUCACCAACAAGCGCGUCGAGACCCUCGCCCGCGUCUUCAUCGACCAGUCCGUCUUCGCCCCCACCAUGAUUGGCGUCUUCCUCGGCAGCAUGGCCACCAUGGAGGGCGCCUCCCCCAAGGAGCGCCUCCAGAAAACCUGGUGGCCCGCCCUCCAGACCAACUGGAUGGUCUGGCCCUUUGUCCAGACCAUCAACUUUGCAUUCCUGCCCCUGCAGUACCGCGUGCUCUUUGCCAAUGUCAUCUCCAUCGGCUGGAACAGCUAUCUCAGCUGGGUCAACAGCAAGUAA